AUGACGUCCUUCGCUGACUUUCCUCCGGAAACCGUCAAAGAGAUCAUCGAUGUUCUUCAGGACGAUCUACCAUCCUUGAAAGCGUGCUCGCAGACAUGCCAAUCGCUUUUGCCAUUGUGUCGCCAACACAUCUAUCGGACCAUCAGCCUCACUCGCCAUCAUGCUCGUGGCCAUCGCUCACGCAUGCUUAAAUCACUGAGGCUUCUUCUCGACAAAAACGCAGAUAUUGCACACUAUGUUCGAAAUCUUGUCUAUGAGAUUGACCAUAAUGACGAGGGGGAUGACAACGUUCGCGUACUGGAAAAACUCCAUCCAGUUCAGACCUUGAAGCUUGAUGGUUCUGGUGCCCACUGGAACACAUUGCGUUCACCGAUGCAAGAAGUAUUACUGCGUCUCAUUCAUUCACACUCAUUGACGCGUGUGCGAAUUUCCUUAUUCUGGAACUUUCCAGUCACCGCACUCAUUCCCUGCAUCACUCUCAACGACCUCGCAAUAAACUCACUUGGUCUUACUGCCGCCACAAAAUGUGAUAAUGACGAGGAGUAUACUACCUUUGAUCCCGUCCCUCAUAUAAAGUCGUUCACUUUCGAUUGUGCCGAUGACCCUUUUGUCACGAAAGUUUUUCAUGCCAAACGUUCCACCGGCGUUCCAAUGCUCGACUUCAGUAACCUCAAGGAGUUGAAUAUUCAUGCGCGCUUCAAGGACUACUUUGAAGGGAGGAAAACAUUGCUACAAGCCUCGGAAGAGCUUGAAAUUCUACACUAUCGAGUGACAUAUCUGGAAGACGGAUGCGAAGAUCUGGUUGCUUGGAUGAACAAAUCCUCCUUGUCAACGUUAAGAAGACUUCAUGUCGUGUUGGGAAUCAAACCAAGUUUCAAAGACCCCCUGUGCGGUCUUUGCGAGGAGCUCGCUCAAUUUGCGGGACUCAACGUAAUCGAAGAAAUCACCCUGAACGUCUUCACCUGGACUGACAAACAAUGCACCACAGACCGUACAAAAUGGGGGCGGCUUGACACCGUACUUGCCGACGGAUUUCCUAUGCUUCGUCGGGUUUCGCUUCACAUUGAUAUCAAAAUUUCUACAUGUCGGUAUGUGGGUGAGGAUGAUUUAGCGUUCCGUGAAAAGUUACAGAAGAUUCCUGAAUACUUUCCGUGGCUAUCCCAAAGUACCAUUAUUGCUUUCAAGUUUUCGACGGAAAUAGUUGAUAGUGAUGAUGAUUGUGCUGUAAUGUACUUUGUAACUUUUUUCGCCCGGAUAUUUCCCGGGAGCCCCAAUACUUUGCUCUAA